ACAUCCCUGACAUCGAGAAGUUAGCCGCUGAACUCUCGCGCCCGAAUGCGCGACGUACUUCACUUUGUCACACCCACGCAUUGCGACAGUUACUUCGUCACGCGCGAAUUCGCCGGUGCAAAAAUUUAGAAAACAAUUUGUUUAACACAAUGGAGCCGUUAUUCGACUUGUGCGUGAAGGACAUAGACGUUCUGCUGCCGCACAUGAAGAGACAAUUAAUGUCAGGCAACAUGCAGCUCUGGAACGCGGAGAAGAUUCUCAAGUUCUUAAAGGAGACUAACGAAUGGCAAAGAAGCUUCGUUGUGGAAAAGCUCGUCAAGUUCGACGUGAUAUCUACAAUGUGCAACGUCUUGCAGACGUCGGAUGAAGAUUUCAUCAAAGUUGUUCUCCAGUGCUUCGAGAUCGUGAGCGUUCAUAAAGAGUUUUACGAAAAUCUAGCAGCUACGAUAGCUAUACAAGCAAUGUUGAGACUCAGUUACUGUAUAAGUAAAUCAUACAAAGAUUCAACGCUGUUUGAAAAACUUAUACAAUGCGUCUCCGAUAUACUUGUCAGAUCACAAAAAAUAGAUGUUGUCUUCGACACGAGCUGCAUUCUGCAGCAAAUUGUUCUUUUCGUAAAGAAUCUGAAUAUCGAAGAUAUGCAGAAGAGCAAACUUAAAUUUGCGGCUGUCACGAUGUUAAACGUCGUCCUGCAAAAACAAGCGGCUUUCGAUGAAAAUACCGACGCGGACAUGAUUAUCGACAUCUGUCAUGCUGUAAUCAAGUCAAUGAUAAAAAUGGUCAAAUACGACGAUGACGACGGCAUGAUUUUAUUCGCCGCCGAUUUACUAUGCGGUACCUGCGCCAGCAGUUCUCGAUUCUGUUUCAUGUAUUUGAUGGAAAAGGAUGAAAUCGAGUCUAAGAUUUGCGAGAAGAAGGAUAAUCUCGAAUUACACGUAUAUAAUACUAUUAUGUAUACAAUCAUACCGUAUGUUAAAAACGCAAACUUGUCUCGCCUAGACUUGAACGGCUUUUAUAAAAAUUUCGUCUUCUGUCUGAAUUAUUUAUAUCAGUUGAAAAACACUAAUAAGAACAACUUGUCGAAUCACUUGGCUGCCAAUGGUUAUUUGAAGCGCUUCUUGUAUUUGACUGCGCGAGUCCCAGAGAAUUUACGAAGGAGCACAUGCCUAUUACUAUCACGGAUCUUGAGUAUUCUCAGUAAAACGGCAUUCCCAGACACGAAGUUAGCAAAUGUUUUGCAUCAAGGUCUCCUCGAGUUGCCGAAAGAUCCGACAAAAUGGAAGGACGACGUAGCAAGCGUAAAAAGAGAUGGAUUGGCCCUGACAAUUGUGCUGUACUAUCAUUUUCUUGGCACCCAAGAAAACGACGUGAUACCCUUGGAAUCGUUAAUUACUAGAGUCAUGCUACUCCCUAAGUCCAAGUCAAUUUCUGUUCUGAUUUUAAAACCACUGUGGUUUCUGUUUGCUGUAACGUCUCCAUCUCAUUUGCAUCCUAAUGAAGUAUAUCAAUAUGAAAAUGCGGCCGAUCGACUGGCGGGCAUCCUGCAAUAUUCGGAGAUCGGCGAAUUAUAUACUCAUCAUAUCGAUCUUCUACGUUAUUGUCUUAAAUGUUCGUACAUUUCACAAAACUUACUAGACCGAGUUUUAAAUUUGUGGCUCAUAGAGUCCGACGGUGAUAUCAAGCCGCUAUUGUUCAGUUGCGUCAAAGUGAUUCGACAUGUAUUGAAUAUCAUACUUGCUGGUCAUCCCGAAGUUAUUGUCGACGUUGCUGUGAAGGGAUUACGUCGUCUAAUGCAAAUCAUCAAAGACGAUAAACAGCUCACGGACCAAAUUGCGGAUAUUGUGUGGCGUGUAUUACCUGAUUUUCUCUCAUCGUAUCAGUCAGAUGCCACCAUGCAUUUAGAGACGAUUCUGGAAUUGGCCAAUAUUAUCCGACCCUCUACGAUACCGUUGAGUUUCGUAAUACGAACCGCCGAUAAUAUUACCAAUAUUAUAUUAAAGCAAAAUAAGGAUUCGAAAUUCAAUACUUUAGUUUUAACGCAAGCGUACAUUUCGUUAGAUGCCUCCGUGUCAUGUCAAUCGUUUAAUGUGCUUGAAACCUACAUAAGGAAAUCUCAGUUGUUGAAACUUUUACACGACUAUGGAUUUUCGAAGGAAAGGUCACAAUUAUCUACCGCUAGUAUAAAACUGCUUACGUUUAUUAUCCAUUGCCAAAAGAAAUCAUCAGCAAAGUGCACGAAGCCAUUGACGAUCGAAGUAAAACAUUUGGUCGACCUGCUAAAAUACGCAAGAAAAUCGCCGUUUUGCAUAAUAUAUGAAAUGCAAUUUAUACGCGAAUUGUUAACAUUAAAUAAUGAUGGCUUGGCAAUCGUUUUGAGAUAUGUCAAGACCGAUAAUACGAAUGUACAUCUACUUAAUCUUUAUGAAAUUCUCAACGUCAUUCAUGCAGAGAAACAACCGUUGUUGCAAGAUAUGGUAUACCAAAGUCUAGUGACUCUACUACAAUUUUGUAAUACUAAAGCAACUAUACUAAUGUCUUAUUUUUGCACCGCAAUGAGUGCUUACGAGCUCAUAUUUAACAUAAAUAUGCAAUGUCAAUCUUGUUACGAAUUUGUCGUUUUGUGGCUUAAUUAUCGCAAGACACAUGUUGAGGAUGUACCGUGGAAUUCUGGAGCGCAGUAUAAGACACCAUUUGAUGAAGCUUUAGAUAAGCUUCGAGAAUAUUUAGUAUUUCUUAAAAAUAAACAAAUGACGGACGCUUAUUCGAAUUUACAGAGAGCGGUAAGCACCAUUUUUAAACGUUUUAAAAUAAAUCAUAAAAUAAAUCAUAAACUCAUUCCGUAAGAUUAAUAUCUUAAUUAAUAACUAAAACAUUCGUUGUCUCAUAUAUCUUUUUCACACUUUUAUAUUUUUAUUUCAGCUAUCACAGUUUAAGUAAUAAAUCACCAGUGUCAUAGAUCGUAUCACAUUAUAUCACAAUACAUGUAAUUCUUAUUAAAGAGAAAAUUAUAAAACUGGAUUCAUAUGUGGGAUACCAAGUUUUCUGUUAAACAAAUGAAAGUUAAUUUCUACAAGAAUUCGGUAAUUUUGCGUUCUAUAUUUUCAAACAACAGAGUUGUAUAUAACAUCAGAUAACAAUGUUAAAAUACUCUCCUUACUCAUUUUUACUCCUUACUCAAAAUUAUUCGAGUAACAUGCAUACAUUACGAUGUACAAAUUAAUUUUAUAUCGUUUGAAAAAUAUUUUCUUUCAAUAAAACAGCAGUUUAUUAA